AUGGGGUAUUCUGGCGAAAAGCCAACACUACAACCUCCUGUUGUCGAGAUAACGCUUGAGAUGCUGCUCACGCACAGUUCUGGCUACGUUUAUCAUUUCUUGGAUCAGUACGUUAGCAGGUGGUACACUGCAUCUGCAUCUCACAAGAAGAAUAACUGUCAAAGAGUGGAACAAGCCUUCAACUACCCCCUCGGCUUCCAGCCAGGCGGUGGUUGGCAGUACGGGCCCGGACUGGGCUGGGCUGGGCGCGUUGUCGAGCGUAUCACAGACAGCACGCUUGACGACUAUGUGCACGAACACAUCUUGAGACCACUCGGCAUCAUUAAGGCCCAAUUUUAUCCCGUUACGCGCGAUGACCUGCGUGACCACCUCGUCGACCUCAAUCCACAGGAUCCUCAGUGCUUGGGCAAGGCUGUGCUGGGUGGUGAUGGCGCACUGAAUAAGUACACCAAAGGGGCAUUUGGCGGCCACGGGUUGUCCAUGGCCGGGGUGGACUUUGUGAAAGUUUUGCGCUCGUUGCUCGCCAAUGACGGAAUGCUGCUCAAGCCUUCCACUGUUGACAGCAUGUUCCUGGAAUAUUUACGUCCUUGCGCGGAGUUGAGCCUCCAGAAAGUGCUUUCCGGCGAAUUAGGCACCUUCUUCCGUGCAGAUCCUGCCGUUGAGAUCGGGACCAGCCACGGCUUAGGCGGGCUGUUGACACUAGAGGACAUUGCGGGCGGGUAUGGAAAGAGCACACUUACCUGGGCGGGCUCCUUGACAAUUGCCUGGUUUGUUGAUCGUAAGCAUGACUUGUGUGGAAUAGGUGCUAUACAGCCCUCACUGCCCAUUCGCGGCAGCGGUACGAUUCUCGGCCUGAAGGAGACAUUGUACAGGGACAUUUACGCCAAGCAUAGAGAAUGGAAACGAUAG